GAGAUGAAGCCGUUAACUUUUUUUUUUUUUUUCUCCUUGUGCACAAUCGCGUCCCAUUAGUGAAUUACCUUUUUUCAGGGCUGGUGACUUCAAAAUGGUUCCCGGGGGAUUUAUACCAGCGAGGAAAAUUGGUGCUGCCAACGGUGAGAAAGUCGUGCUUCCAUUCACUUUGCCAAGUGUUGAGAAGGGCGAGGCCAAGGCCAUAAUCGGUGGUGAUAAAGAAAAGGGAAAGAAGGUCACCGAGGUAAUCAACUCUGAUUCCAAUGAGAGCAAUAGCCAUCAGUCCAGUAGCAAUGAUGCCUUGUCUGAGAGUGAGAAUGGUUCCAAACAGAGGGGCAAAGUUGCUAACUCUCAAGGCAGCAUUGACAUGAACAGGGUUGCCCCCGAAGAAUUUGAAUCAGAUGUGGGCAAUGCUUCGAAGAAAUCCGUCUCCAGCAAAGGCAAAAUGGACACUAGCACGCCAGUCAUGAGCUUAGCGAAGAAAGUUUUUUGUCCCGACGAAGCUGAGCAUAGUGGCUAGUCAUCCGUAACUCUAGCUAAGUCACGUGAGAUCAACGAUUCGACCAUGAGGCCACUCAAGAAUCUUGACGAGAUGAAUAAGAACAAGGAUGUUUC